UCCUGCCCACUUACCCAGAAGCCAAUCUCGACCUAGGCGGGCAGUCCAGGAGAAUCCAAAGGCGUGGUGGGAGACAGAACGAUGGCGGACGCGGAGAAAAACGCUGUUGCGGAGAAAAACGCUGUUGCGACCAAAGAGGUUCUGGCUGAGGCAGCAGCCGUUCUGGAACCUGUCGGCUUGCAUGAGGAAGCAGAGCUGCCUGCCAAGAUCAUGGAGGAGUUUAUGAGGAACUCUCGGAAGAAAGACAAGCUGCUUUGUAGCCAGCUUCAAGUGGUGAACUUCCUACAGACUUUUCUGGCUCAGGAGGAUAGUACUGUCCAGAACCCAGAUGCUCUGGCUUCUGAAGAUGCAAGUCGACAAAAGGCAACUGAAACCAAGGAGCAGUGGAAGGACAUGAAGGCCACAUACAUGGAUCAUGUGGAUGUCAUAAAAUGUGCCCUGUCUGAGGCCUUACCCCAGGUUAAGGAGGCUCACAGGAAGUACACAGAGCUUCAGAAGGCCUUUGAACAGCUCGAGGCUAAGAAGCGAGUCCUGGAGGAGAAACUUCAGUUAGCUCAGAAGCAGUGGGUGCUGCAACAGAAGCGUUUGCAGAAUCUGACCAAGAUCUCGGCCGAGGUAAAGAGACGCCGGAAGAGGGCUCUGGAGAAGCUUGACGGAUCCCACCAGGAACUUGAAACCUUGAAGCAGCAAGCCGGACAGGAACAGGAGAAGCUGCAGAGGAACCAGAGCUACCUCCAGCUGCUGUGUUCCCUGCAGAAUAAGCUGGUCAUCUCUGAGGGCAAGACCGAGGACAAAGAGGUCAAAGGGCGAAAAGCCCUUCCACCCAAAUCCAAAUCUCCCUAAAGAUGAAAGGAUGAGAAGAGAGCCGUAUUCCAGCUGUGCGCCUACCCUGCUUGGGCUGAGACCAGAGCGGUUCCUUCACUGUUGUAUCUCUAGGCCUAAGCCUGGAAGCUUGUCACCUCUUUACAAUCUCCAAGCUGAUUCAAUCUGGCAUCUCUUGGCUUUUCAGUGAAUUGUUGUGUUUCGUCUCACGCUAACUUUGACAGUAUAUUCUGGCUUGUUCUGUCUUCACUUGUGUCUAACUUGCUGUCCCUGCAACCUGUCUCUGUAAAACUGUACCAGUGAAACUGUACCAGUGAAACUGUACCAGUGAAACUGUACCAGUGAAACUGUCACACGCAUGCACGCACGCACACAGGCACGCAUGCCACAACCACCCUUUUCUCGCUGAUCUUCAAUAGUCUUUCCUCUUGCCCCCUCUUUUUCUUGGUCUUCUCUCCCCACCAGAUGUGAAAGUAACUCUAUACACCUGAUUUAACUGUUGUCUUGGAGGAUUACUACUGGGUAAGCUCACCCUUUGUAGUUUUUAAACUCUGGCUGGCUGGGUCAACUCAGCUGUUCUGGUACAAAACCCCGCCUCCAAGCUGACUGAUUCAAAGGGGCCUCUCCUGGCUUCUGCCUGAACUGCUCUGCUUGGAAAGUCUGCUGAACUCCAGGAACGGAACUUUACUGACUGCCCUGACUCAACUGAACUCAACUGCACCUAACUGGUUGAUUCUCUCUCCCCGUAUUUCUCUUCAGUAGCCUUUCUUUCCUAUGCUGUCCUCCUGAGUUGUGCUGUCAAACCUUUCUCUGAUUUAUCACUUUGCCCCUCAGUUAGACUGGCAAUUUCAAACGUGGUACUUAACAUUUCAGUUGUAGUCAAUAUUGCAUUCAGAACUUGAGUCUAUUGAAUCCAGAAUGUGAAUUCAUGUCUUUGUGACUGUGACCUCACUCUUUUCAGUAUUGUGUAAAAGUUUUAGGAACUCUCCAAGUAAAUACUUGGUAAUUGCUCAUUGAUAGAACAGAAAAAUGCUGUGUAGAUAAUAAACACAUAACUAUAAGAUUA